UCAUAAUCAUCUGUCAAGUGUCAAGUUGAGGUGAAUUUGUGGUUGUUUUUCUUCGGUUUUUCUAUUUCAGCUUCAGUGCAGUUAAUAUUAAAUAUGUUGUGCAGACUGUGAAAAUGAAAAACCAUUGAAUAUAAAUGAGUAUCUAGUCUUCAUCGUGUGUAGUGUAUAAGCAUAAAUUGACAUGACUUCUAGUCCUUUUCGGAGGUUGUGCCACUGGGGCCCAAUUUCGGUUUUAGUUAUAAUAAAGCUGAUAACAUGGGCUAUGAUCCACAUGCUGGGCAUGUGGUGGCCGCCGCACGCGUCGCUGGGCGGCUUCGUGCACGCGGCCAUAUUCCUUGCGUUUGCUGCGGCCACACUUUACUACUUCCUCCAAUCACUGCUGGAAGGACCGGGAUUUGUUCCCUAUGGAUGGAAACCAGCAAAAGAAGAAGACACACAGUUUCUACAAUUCUGCAACGUGUGUAAUGGUUACAAAGCUCCAAGAUCACAUCAUUGCAGGAAAUGUGGACGGUGUGUGAUGAAGAUGGACCACCACUGUCCGUGGAUCAACUGCUGCGUGGGGCACCGUAAUCACUGCUACUUCGUGAUCUUCCUGGGCUCUGCCACCAUCGGCUGCUUACAAGCUGCCAUAGUACUCACAAUAUGCGUGUAUCAAGUGAUCAAUCAAAUCGCUAACAUCCAGAGCAGGACUGAGCGAGAUCCAGCGAUAUACCUGACGGUCAGCACGUUUGUGCUGACGCUACUUGCUUUAGGCAUGGCUCUGGGGGUUGUAUUGGCUGUCGGGGCCUUAUUGUACAUACAGGUCAGAAGCAUCCUCCGAAACCGGACCACGAUCGAAGACUGGAUCAUGGAGAAGGCGGUAGGACGACGCGUUAUAGGCGGCGUGGCGCCCUUCAUGUAUCCCUACGACUUGGGCUGGCGACGCAACGCAGCUCUGGUCAUCAAUUCCGCGCGACACGACGGCAUCGCCUGGCCGCUGGCGCCUGGCUGCGGGCAGUAUGACCUUACUCGCGAGCAGCAAGCCCAAAAGCAGCUGAAAGCGCUGCGCUCCCGCGUGGUAGUAUCGGUGGCGUCGUACAGCGGGCGCUGGCUGCCAGCGCAGUACCCGCGGGCCGCGCUGCACGCGCCUUGCACGGACGAGCCGCGCUUGGCGCUACGCCCCGGGACCUUGCUGCGGGUCACGCGCCAUAGGAAAUACUGGAUGUUCGGCGCAAUGGUCGAGUCAGAGGGUGAGGAAGAAAUCCGCGGGCCUCGUGGCUGGUUCCCGCGCGCCGCCGUCAGGCCGCUUCAUGACAAGCCUGAGUAGCGCCAUCAUUAGCCUGAGUAGCGUCACCACAGCCUGAGUAGCGCGACCGCAAGACCGAGUAGCGCGACCACAAGACCGAAUAGCGCGACCACAAGACAGAAUAGCGCGACCACAAGACCGAGUAGCGCCAUCAUAAGAUCGAGUAGCGCCAUCACUCGAGGCUUUUUAGCUUGCCACUCACUCCGGCAGCCAUUGUGAGGUAGGUGUAUUAAAUACCUACCUACGAACGUAGGUACAGUCGACAGCGCAUCAGACUGUACAUUUUUGAUGCAAAAUAGCACUUAUAACUAUUUUUAACACAGUGUACUGCUUGAAGUGCCGUUGUCUGUACCCACGAACUUGAAACAACUGAUUUUGAUUAUAAUCGCCGUUGCCAAGGCAAUGAUAUGAAGGAUAGAGUAUGCGCACAAUUUUUUGGCGCUGACUGAAUAAGUCGUUGACUGCCGAGUCGAGACACUAGACACAAUAGAAUUUUUAUUGUUCGAGGCACCUCACUGGUGAACCGUGUGGCGUCAAAAGUGAUAAUAUAAUUUUCUAUGUGUAGAAUAAACGAUGCAACGCUCUAUAUCUAUUUUGAGUAUUUUGACAUAUUUUCCAUACAAAAAUUUACAGUAUGUUUUACUAAUUCAAAUAAAGGUACCAAAUAAAUCAAACUAUUUUAAAGUCCUAUUUUAUGCCCAACCUCUGUAUAUAGCUGGUAAUCCGCUAGAAUAUUAUUAGAAAAGACAAUGCUUACGUAACGAUUAUAAAUGGCUUAGAAUAACGGUACAAUUAUUUUUUGGAUGAAUUUUUUACACAACGAAUCCGUAUUUUGUCUAUGUUUUUGAAAUCUCCGGUGUUAUAUCAAAUGUGCUUGAAUGAUGUAAAAUUAAAUUGUAAAUGACUUUGCUUCAGUUCUAGGAUUUAGGCAUCGAAAUUGAUAUUUUAUUAUACUUAUUAAGUAUUAUGUAAAUAUUAUUACGAAAUAGUUACGUGAAAUAUUAUAUUCCCCAAGGAUUCUAAGCGAUAAUAAUCCUUGUUAAUUUUUAAAUAACGACCAAUAUUUUGGAUCUCAAAGUAAAAUAACAACUAAAUGAAAAUUAUAACACCCCUCUUUUUACGUUGGGGAUUGAUAAAUACUUAGAUAUUUUUAUGCAAUGUUUUUCUUGUAAGUGAUAGGUUGUUUCCUGGAUGAAAAAUAAACAAAAUCUACAAUGUCUUCUCCGUAAUGAUCAUACAAACUCAAUACUUACUUCUAAUAAAAGAGUUGUCGUCAAUUUUCUGUAGUAGUGAAUAAUUUCAGUUCCACAAAGUCUUUGACUAGUCCAAUGACUCCAGGAGCAAACUGUGUUUGUACAUUAUAAAUACUAAUUAUUUAGUAAGGAGUAAACGUGGUAACGUUCCUGUACAUAGUUUAGAUAUUGUACAGGAUAAUAUAUUUAGUAGGUACCUAUGAACUUAAUGUGCGCAAAUAUUCAAUGGUCACUAUAAUGUAUAUAAUUUACAAGGUUUUGAUAUGAUUUUGUUAGUAUUUUUACUAUUAAAAUUGAUGUCUAU